AAAAAUACCUCACAGAGCCGUAUUCUGAUCAAAUAACCGAGCAGUGCUGUGUGCGAGUCACGUGUUUAGUGUUUAAGUAAUUUAUUGCAAUUUUAUAAUACAAAAUGAGGGAGAUCGUGCACCUCCAGGCCGGGCAAUGCGGGAACCAGAUCGGAGCUAAAUUCUGGGAAAUAAUCUCCGAUGAGCACGGCAUCGACCCCACCGGCGCCUACCACGGCGACUCGGACCUGCAGCUGGAGCGUAUCAACGUGUACUACAACGAGGCGUCCGGCGGCAAGUAUGUGCCCCGCGCCAUCCUGGUCGACUUGGAGCCCGGCACCAUGGACUCCGUGCGCUCGGGGCCUUUCGGACAGAUCUUCCGCCCGGACAACUUCGUGUUCGGGCAGUCGGGCGCCGGCAACAACUGGGCCAAGGGCCACUACACGGAGGGCGCCGAGCUCGUGGACUCGGUCCUGGACGUGGUGCGCAAGGAGGCCGAGUCGUGCGACUGUCUGCAGGGCUUCCAGCUCACGCACUCGCUGGGCGGCGGCACGGGCUCCGGCAUGGGCACGUUGCUCAUCUCCAAGAUCAGAGAAGAGUACCCCGACAGAAUCAUGAACACCUACUCCGUCGUCCCCUCGCCCAAAGUGUCAGACACAGUCGUGGAACCAUACAACGCAACACUCUCAGUACACCAGCUCGUAGAAAACACAGACGAAACCUAUUGUAUCGACAACGAGGCUCUAUACGACAUCUGCUUCAGAACGCUCAAACUGUCCACCCCCACCUACGGAGAUCUCAAUCAUUUAGUUUCCCUCACAAUGUCCGGUGUCACAACUUGCCUCAGGUUCCCCGGUCAACUAAACGCAGAUCUUCGUAAAUUAGCCGUCAACAUGGUACCCUUCCCACGUCUUCACUUCUUCAUGCCCGGAUUCGCUCCUCUCACAUCCCGCGGCAGCAGACAGUACCGCGCGCUCACGGUGCCCGAGCUCACGCAGCAGAUGUUCGACGCCAAGAACAUGAUGGCCGCCUGCGACCCGCGCCACGGCCGCUACCUCACCGUGGCCGCCAUCUUCCGCGGCCGCAUGUCCAUGAAGGAAGUGGACGAGCAGAUGCUCAACAUCCAGAACAAGAACUCGUCCUACUUCGUGGAAUGGAUCCCCAACAACGUGAAGACCGCCGUGUGCGACAUCCCGCCCCGCGGACUCAAGAUGGCCGCCACCUUCAUCGGCAACUCCACCGCGAUCCAGGAGCUGUUCAAGCGUAUCUCGGAGCAGUUCACGGCCAUGUUCAGGCGCAAGGCGUUCUUGCAUUGGUACACCGGCGAGGGCAUGGACGAGAUGGAGUUCACGGAGGCCGAGAGCAACAUGAACGACCUGGUGUCCGAGUACCAGCAGUACCAGGAGGCCACCGCCGACGAGGACGCCGAGUUCGACGAGGAGCACGAGCAGGAGGUAGAAGACCACUAAGCGUGUGGUCCUGACGCCACGGAGUACCGACAUGCCAUUAUUAUUGACUCGCGUUACGAUCAGUAACCUUAAUGAUUCCUAUACCCACUGUCACGAAGAUAUGCUUGCUAACUGUUAACAGAGCGCACGACUAAACAAUUCCCGGCAAACACAAAUAAAUGUAAAACAUUUAAAAUAUAAAUUACCGUACGAGUCCAGCAAGCCUCGGUGAUAGUAAGAUCUGAAAGUAAAAGUCUGAUCAUUAAAUACAUGAUAUUGAUUGUGUAUCGAAUUAUAAGUUUGGCCAUUUAUCAAUCGUUGUGUGGGCUUCAGUAACAGAAGUAUUACGAUUAAAAUUGUUCUGAACAAUAUAAUUUAAUGUAUAUAAUAAAGAUUUUUAUUUAUUA